CUCCACCGCACGAGCUACGCGGACGACCUCGAGCCAAUUGGGCGACUCGACCAGCUGUCCUCGUCUCUCUCGCUUGCUCCACCUGUGCUCAUCUCUCCUGCCCCGUCGCGACUCGCAAUGUACAAGGGCAAGGUCGCAAUCGUCACCGGUGCCGCAAGUGGAAUCGGCCUCGGCAUCGCCGAGCACCUCCUCGACCAAGGCGCCAGGGUCGUCGUCGGCGACCUCAAUGCUGUCGCAGGCGUCCAAGUGGUCGACAAGCUCAAGGCCAAGUACGGCGACGACAAGGUCGAGUUCUGCGCCGUCAACGUGACUGAUUGGGCGUCCGUCUGCACCCUGUUCGCGCUCGCGAGCAAGACGUUUGGCUCUCGCAUCGACUUUGUCUUCGUCAACGCCGGCAUUGCGCAGAUGUCCGAGAUGCGCUCGUCCGACCCUGGCCACUUCUCGACGACGCACCACCCGUCGCUCGACGACCUCGGCGACCGCCCGCCGCGGCUGAGCGUCAUCCGCGUCAAUCUCGACGGCGUCCUGUACACGCUCCAUGCCGCGUUGGCCUACUUUCGCGCGCAGGACAAGGACGAGGACGGCUGGCGCGGCAAGUUUGUCGCGACGGGCUCGAACGCGUCUAUCUACCCGUUCCCGAACGAUGCGCUGUACGCUGCGGCCAAGCAGGGCGUCCUCGGCAUGUGCCGCGCCGUCGGCCCGAAAGUCCUCGACGAGGGCAUCACGGUCAACUGCUUCGGCCCGUCCGUCGUCGCGACGGGCCUCGCGCCACCCGACUUUAUCAACAUGCUCGAGCGCGAGCACCGCCUGACGCCGAUGAGGACGGUCACCGACGCCGUCGACGUCUUCCUCGACCCCAAGAGCCAGGUCACAGGGCAGAUCAUCGAGAACUGCGGCACCAAGAAUGUCUUCCGCUCCGUACCGACAUACAUGGACGGCGCCGCCCGCGCCAACAUGAACGAGUUCCACCCGGUCGACCAGAUCGACUCGGCCUUGAGCGUCGACGGGCUCGGACUCGACGUCGUCUCGUGACGAGCCUCUCAUGCUCAUGCAGCAGUACAGUACAGCACACGAAUUGAUAUUUCAGUUUCUCGCACAUCCUGCACAGAGCGCGCUGUUCCUCGAGAGUCCGGGAGAGC